CGGACGUUUUCCAUGUCAACACUAGCUGUUGUGUUCUUCUGCUUUCCAAACCAGGAAGAUGGAUUUACUGUCGAGCAAAUGGAUUGUUAAUUUGCUAGUUUGUUGGUUUCUCGUCGGUGUCAGCUGUAAUUCGGUGGAAAAGAAGAUUUAUGUGCAUCUCAAUUACACUGUCCCGUGUGUGCGACUGCUCAAUGCAACACAUCAGAUAGGCUGCCAGUCAUCUUUGUCGGGUAAUGUGGGGGUGCUCCAUGUGCUCGAGUCAGAGGAAAACCUGGACUGGGUCCUGCGCUCCGGUCCUAAUCCUCCUUAUCUGGUAAUCCUGGAGUCCCUGCUCUUCACAAGAUCCAUCAUGAUGAAGUUGAAGAACGGCUCCAACCGGGUGGCUGGAGUUGCUGUCGUGGCGCCAAACUCAAACCCGCUUGAGGGCUUCUCUCCACACACCACCUGUCCCAACGAGAACACAGGUGUGUAUUCAGAGAGCUACGAUCCAGCCAUGGCCCACUGUAAUAUGACAGUGUGGAACCCUCUGGGAAACGGUUUGUCCUAUGAAGAGUUUGACUUCCCCAUCUUCUCUCUGAAAGACGACAAUGAGACUCAGGUCAUACGGCAGUGUUACCUGGACCACAACCGCGCCGUGAACGGCAGCACUCCUCAAUACCCGCUGUGUGCCAUGCAGCUGUACUCCCACAUGUCUGCCGUCACCGACACGGCCACCUGCAUGAGGAGGAAUGACAUCAACUUCAGCAUCAGCCCAGAGAUGGUUUGUGACCCACUGGGCGACUAUAAUGUUUGGGCCGCCACCAGGCCUCUCAACAACACAGCCAAGGGCCACAAGAUGUGGGAGAGUGUGGUCAUAGCAGCAGCCAGGCUGGACAGCAGGUCUUUUUUCUUUGACAUCGCUCCAGGAGCAGAGAGUGGAGUCUCCGGGUUCGUCACUCUGCUGGCGGCCGCUCACGCUCUGCGAAAUGCCACCCAGGAGGCCCAACCUAAUCGCACCAUCCUCUACACCUUCUUUCAGGGGGAAACCUUUGACUACAUUGGCAGUUCGAGGAUGGUGUUUGAUAUGCAGAACAAUCAGUUUGCCGUGGACCUGGACAAUGUUCACUCAGUAUUGGAGAUUGGACAGGUGGGACUUCGUGCUGACUCCAAGCUGUGGCUUCACUCUGAUCCUGUGUCGAGGAAGAACAGCAGUGUCAAUGAUGAGGUGAGGAAGCUCAUUGAAAACUUGCACUCGGCUGCAGGAGGUUUAAACGUCUCAGUGGAAGAUCCCAGUUUCUCUCAGCCACUCCCGCCCUCGUCCUUCCAGCGCUUCCUGCGAGCUCGGCCAAUCCCCGGCAUCGUUAUUGAGGAUCACCAGUCUGCUUACACCAGCAGGUUCUAUGAGAGUAUGUACGAUAAUGCAGAGUACCUGAACGUAUCGUACCCACCAAACUUGACGCCUGAGGAGCAACUAGAGUUUGUCACUGACACUGCGAAGGCUCUGACUGAGGUGGCCACCAUGGUGGCCCGGGCCCUGUAUUUGCAGGCCGGAGGAGCAGAAACCCAGCUGAGCAGCAUUAACGCAGACCCACAGAUAGUGACCCGCCUGCUGUACGGCUUCCUUAUUCGCUCAAAUAACUCCUGGUUCCAGCAGCUUAUCCCCUCUGACCUCACGAGCCAUCUGGCUAACAGGCCAACAAACUUCUAUGUCGGCGUGACCCAGCAGUCCAGUGAGCCGACCCUUCUGGUCCAGCACUUGCUGGCUAACCUGACUGGUGGCACCAUCAACAUCACUCAGGAAAACUGCCAGAACCAGAGAGAGGAUGAGACAGACAAAGAGAGCAAACACAUGUACUCCUACCUGUGGGUUCAAGGCGCGGCGCCUCCCAACAGCACAGAUCGGGAGGGUUUCUGCAUACGCUCCACAGUCCGUCUCUCCAAAGCCUUGUCCCCGGCCUUCGACCUGCGGGAGUACACCUCCAAAGAUUACUCAACGUGGACGGAGUCCAGGUGGAAGAGCAUCAAAGGACGCAUAUUCCUGGUGGCCAGUCACGACCUGGAGAUGUUGACGCUGGGCGUAGGUGUGGGCGUGCUGCUAACAUCCCUGCUGCUGACGUACAUCAUCAGCUCCAAGGCCGACAUGCUGUUCAGCUCGGGGAGGGAGCCGACCAACGCCACCUACUGAUCCACACGGAGACGACGCAGGCCCACAACCACUACUACUGCUAUUACUACUACAACUACUACUUCUAUCCCAACCAGACACGGACGAGCUCGUUUUUCUCUAAAACACAACACAAGUAGGUACACAGACAGGUUAGACACAGCAGCUGCAGAGGGGUUUUUAUUUUACACGACGACUCCAUGUUUAUGGACUCACUCAGGUGAGACGUGACAUGAGGACUGGACCGGACUGGAUUGGCCUGGAUGGAUCUGGACUCAUCAGGGUCAGAAAACACUGGUCAGGCACCAGCAGGCCCUGCCAGUGGAAAAGAUGUUUAUAUUUGUUUUGUUUUAGGUUUUUGUUUUCCCUUUUUUUUUAUUGUCAAAGAAUGUUUUGUUUACUGUGUCAUGGGAUAGGCACUAAACAUUGAGCAUUAUUUGGAGUGUGUGUGUGUGAGAUUGUGAAUAUAUAAAUGUGACUGAGUGUGUGAGCAGCUGACCGUGAAUCAGUGUGUAUGAACACAACAACGGUGUGUUUGUGUGUGUGUGUGUGUGUCUGAACUUUGAGGAUUGCAAUGGUAUGUGCAAUACUGUAGCUGUCUUCUCUGUCAAUAUAGUUAACUUAUCAAUCAGUUCUAAUGAUAAGAAACCACUUUUUGAGUCAAUGAACAAGUAGUAAAAUUUAAAUUUAAGGUUUUGCAAAAUCUGGAAAUGUGUGGUAAAGUAUUUUGAUAAGUUUUAGGUCCUGGGAUAUUGACAACAACCCUAAAUAUUUAUAUUGUUCAGUCCCAGUACACAUAUAACUACACGAGUAUGUAGUUGUACUGUAGACCCACUGCAGUUUCACAUAUUGUGAUAUUUGUGUGGAGAAGAAGAAUUUCCCGAGGAGUCUGGCGUGGCUGACAAACACUUUACUUCAUAUCGAUCAGCUGCCAAAAAAACCCGUCAAAUCCAGUCAGAAAAUCUUUGUUUUGACGCUGAAAAUGCGCUGGUACUCUGUGUGUGCCGGCUGUGCACUCUUUUUUUUUCGGUUCGUACCUUUUUCUAAAGGUUCCUUGUAAUGAUGACUUCUGAACAUUGUGACAACGCGCAAGAUGGUUUUAAUUGUUUAGUGAUGGAUGUUCAAUUAAUGGCUGGAAUCGAUGACCAAUUGUGAUGCCUUGAUGAAGAAAUAAACAUUGCUUCUUUUCCAGUUUUUCUCUCAUUGUUGACAGACCUCUGAAAUGGAAUUGAUGUUUUGUCUCCAGGAGCUUCCUGUUAUGAAUAAAGGGUGUGUGGACUGGG